AUGGACAGUGAGGGAGCGUACACGAUCUUGUACAAGUCGAUAUUUACAGCUUUGGUUGACGAGUUUGUGAAGGCGGCUGCAGCUAUGAACGUCAAGAGAGUGGCGUCUGUGGCUCCAUUCGGUGCUUGUUUCGAUUCAAAGACGAUUUCCAGCUCCAAGGCUGGGCCGGAUGUGCCUACCGUGGAUUUCGUUCUGCAGAGUAAGAGGGUUUACUGGCGGUUUUACGGGUGGAACACGAUGGUGAAGGCGGGGGAGGGCGUGGUGUGCCUUGCGUUUGUGGAGGCGGAGCCGAAUUUGGUGGGGCCGUUGACGUCGAUAGCUGUGGGGGGUUAUCAGAUGGAGAAUCAUCUGCUGGAGUUUGACGUGGCUGCGGAGAAGCUAGGGUUUAGCUCGUCGCUUCUGCUGCGUGAUACGAGCUGCAACAAGUUUGGAGCUACCUAG